GCUCCCGGCGCGCCCCGCGGUGGGGGCGGGGCCACAGCGGCGCCCGGACUACAACUCCCGUGGUGCCCCGCGGCGCAGGAGCCCUGGGGCCGGAGGCAGCGCUGGGGAUGGGGGGCGACACCGGGGGGAGCCGGGCCCUGCUGGGGGCCGCGCUGCUGGCGCUGCCCUGGGCCCCCUCGCUGGCGGCGGUGGCGGCGGGGGGGGGCCCCGAGGGCUUCGGGAGCCGUGCCGUCACCGCCACCGACGACCUGCUGUGGCGGCUGGGCCACGCCGCCUGGGCCAGGCUGGAGGGCUGGCUGGGCCCCGAGCCGCUGCGGCUGCUGGCGGAGGGCCUGGCCGCCGUGCUGUGGCUCGUCUCCUCCGCCAUCUCGGCCGCCCUGGCCGUGCUCAGCGCCAUCGCGGGGGACAUCCUGAGCGCCUGCGGCCUGGGCGGGGCCUGGCUGGUGCGCGGGGCGGCGCUGGCCCCCGGCGAGGUGCAGCGGGUGCUGCUGUGGGGGCUGGUGGCGCUGGCGGGGGCCCGGCUGCUGCCGCGGCUGCUGGGGCUGGUGCUGGCCCCGCUGCGGCCGGCGCUGCGCUGGCUGAAGCUGUGCUGCUUCCUGGGAGCCUUCCUCCGUGUGGCGGCCACCGAGGGCAGCAGCCCCACGGCGCAGGCGGCGAUGCUGCUGGGGCUCUGGGGGCUCUACGUCCUGCUGGGGGGCGGCGGGGGGCACCCCCCCAGCCCCGAGGUGCGGCUGGAAGCCGCCGUCCGCAGCCUCGAGUGGAAGGUGGAGGAGCUGUGCCGGCGGCAGAGGUGGGGGGGCCCCCAGAACCGGGAGGAGGAGUGAGAGGGUGCGGGGGGGGCCUGGGUUGCCCCCCAGCCCCAUGUGUGUGACCCCUGGUGUGUCCCCCGGCGUGUGCGCCCCCCACCCCGCUCGCCCCUUCCUCCACCACACGUGUGCCUGGUGACCCCGUGGGGCAGGCGCCAUCCCGGCAGCCCCCGUCCCGCUGCCCCCCAAAGCUGGGGAGCCGCUCCCCGUGCCCCCCCCUCAGUGCCUUCACCGAGCCCACAGUGCUUUGUCCCCCAGGGGGCACGACAGCAGCCCCCAGCCCCAAACCCUCGCCCGCCAAAGAGCAGAGGGCAGCCUGUCCGUCCGUCCGUCUCUGGAGGUGGCUGGGGGGCGGGAAGGGGACCCCGAAGAUGGGUGUCGUCCCCCCCGUGGGAUGGCGGCCGUGCCCCGUGCUGCCGGCUCGGUUUGCAAGCUGCUUUUUGAACGGUUUUGGUAUGCGGUGCCAAAUAAAUAGUUUCACAAGUG